AUGGGAACGGCGGAUAAUAAAUGGCGUUCGGAGGAGGAGGAAGAAGAAGAAGAAGAAGAAGAAGAAGAAGAAGAAGAAGAAGAAAAUGAUCAUGAUGAUGAUGCUGAUGCUGAUGCUGAUGAUGAUGAUGAUGAUGACGACGAUGAUGAUGAUGAUGAUGAUGAUGAUGAUGAUGAUGAUGAUGAUGAUGAUGAUGAUGAUGAUGAUGAUGAUGAUGAUGAUGAUGAUGAUGAUGAUGAUGAUGAUGAUGAUGAUGAUGAUGAUGAUGAUGAUGAUGAUGAUGAUGAUGGGAUCACUGGAACAAGAAUUUCACUGGCCUGA